AUGAACAUUUACACGUUGUCCUUGGCGGCAGCCUUGAGCUUCUUUCUGGGCUACGGACCGUCGCAGUGUCCGGGCACCAGCGGCGGCAAUCGGCAUGUGAUCCGCUUGGAUGAGGGCUGCUGGGAGCAGCUGUUGCAGGGCGAAUGGAUGCUGGGCUUCUGCAUGCCGUUGGUGGAGAACUGCAGCGGAUUCGAGCGAGUUUGGAGCAGCUUUGCCACGGCAAUGCAACGGCAGGAGCCACGACUGCAGGUGGCCAGCAUGCAGAUGGAAUACUCCGGCACAGUGGUGGCCCGCUUCUCGCUGCGGCGACUGCCCAGCAUUCUGCAUGUGCGCAAUGGAACCUUCCGCGAACUGCCCGUGGCAUACAGCGUCGACAAGUUGCUGCAACUGGCCCAGGGGGAGUGGCGCAAGGCGGCGCCAGUGCCCAUUUGGCGUCAUCCCAAUGGCCGGGUUGUAGCCGCAAAAGUGCUCUACCUGCGAGCGGUCAAUAAGGUCUACGGCGCAAAGUACUUUGGCGGCGACUACACACGUGCCACAGUCCUCGUGGGCAUUUGCAGCUUUCUGCUGUUCUCCAUAAGUCUGACAGCGGCCAGCAGUCUGUACGCCUUGAUAAGGGACAAGUUGAUGGCCACAAAAGGUGCCAAAAACCCACAAGCAACAGGCUGA